AGAGUCGAAGCUUUAACGAUUUCCCGACAAGGUAACCGAACAUCCAUCCAGUUCUCUCCACGCAAGCACAAGCCAUCCACUCAGUCAUCAUGCCCUCAAAGAUCCCUCUCCAUUUCCUUCUUCUCACCAUCACGUCCUUCUUGUGCUUCUCCACGGGCCGUGUCCACGGCGAGGCCGCUCGUCCUUGUCCGAUCAACGCCAUAUACCAGUUUGGAGACUCGACCUCCGACACCGGCAACCUCAUCCGCAUGGUGGGUCCCAACGACACCGGCUCCCAAGCUGCUCGUCUCCCAUAUGGCGAGACUCUCGGCAAGCCCACCGGUCGCUUCUCCGAUGGCCGCCUCAUAGUCGACUACUUUGCUAUGGCGCUUGGCCUCCCUCUUGUGAAUCCCUAUUUGGGCAAAAAUCUUUCCUUUGAGCAUGGAGUCAACUUCGCCGUCGCCGGAAGCACCGUCCUCAACUCUUCAUUCUACGCUGCAAGAAACGUCACCGUGCCGGCAUCUGAUGUUCCCUUACGCCUCCAGCUCAACUGGUUCAGAAACCAUCUCAAUUCAACCUGCGGGUCACAAAUUGAGUGUGGGAAGAAGUUGAAGAGAUCUCUUGUGAUUGUUGGGGAGAUGGGAAGCAAUGACUUCCUCUAUUCUUUUCUCUACGGGAAAUCUAUUCUAGAAGUACUGACUUAUGUGCCUCCCCUGGUUGAAGAAACCAUAAAUGUCACGAGGGAGCUGAUUAAACUGGGUGCCUCCAAAGUAGUGGUGUUCGGAGACUUUGCCAUCGGAUGCUCCCCAAUAUACCUGUCUAUUUUCAAGAGCAAUGAUUCAAACGCAUACGACGACAAAGGUUGCCUAAAAGCAUACAACGCCUUUUCACAAUUCCGCAACAUUUACGUUCAAGUCGCACUUGCUAAGCUUAGACAGGAAUUCCCUCGAGCCACCAUACUCUAUGGAGACUACUACAAUGGCUAUAAGUAUGUGCUUGACCGAGCCUCUCAUCUAGGAUUCGACCCACAAUCAGCUUUGAAAGCUUGUUGCGGAACUGGGGGAUCAUACAACUACAACUUCACCCAAACGUGUGGAUCAACAGGUGUCACGGCUUGCCCCAAUCCAAAUGAGUUCAUAAGCUGGGAUGGUGUACAUCUGACGCAGGAGGCGCAUCGCCGUAUUACAGAGUACAACAUCAACAAAAUCUUCCCGGAACUGUCUUGUGCCACAUAGAGUCAAGGGCAACACCAGCUCACCCGUACAUAAUUAACUAUUCAUCUCAAAUAUAGUUCAAAUCUCUUUUCCCUGUACUCGGAAUAAAGGAUGAUCUACUCAAAUAAAGCGGGAGCUGGUUGAAUCAUAAAGUACACAAUAAACUACUUUUGCUAGUACAAA